UUUUCCACGACAUUCUAAUUUAUUGAGAUUCACCUGUAUAUAUAUAUUUGCUGCUUGUUCAAUUAACUUAAUUAAAAUGAACUAAAGCAACACAUUUAUAGAACAUUUUUGUUCUAUCAAUCUAAAUUUGUAAAAUGGAAGUUUACUUAAUCCAUUAGAGUUGGGACUACAUGAAUACUUUUUGUGGUGUUAAUGUAACAUUGAUGAAACUGGGCAGGGGGUUGCCAUUUCUAAUAUACUUUGCAUGGGACUUGAUAGGGAGAGUGAAUAUGAAAAUUAAGUGUUUUUUUUUUAAUGUGUUUUUGUGCAAGAUGAAUAUAAAGGGGGUACUUCUUAGUGUUUAAUUAUUUUGUUAUGUUGAGAUUUAGAAGAGUUUCUGUUAUGUUGGGGUUUUGGUGGAUAUAUUUAUGGUGAAGAGAGGAGCCUGAGCUAAUGAUGAGGACAGGUGAAUGUCACACAUACAAUUUUAUCGCUUCUUUGAGCAAAUGCUGUACUAACCAUAGUACAGUUAAUAAACGACACUCUAUAGUGCUUCCAGCCAGCAUGUAUUUAGCAUGCUACCAUUCACUUUUACUAGUUAGUACAUAAAGAAAUAAAACAGAUUUAUUUGAGUUACAUUAACACAUCUAAAUUUGUUGGGUUUACCCAAUUCAAAGGUUCAGAGUUUUUUGUGUUGAGAUUACAUAGUCAUUUUAAUUUCAGAAAACUAAUUUCAAACAUGUGGAACCACUGUCCAUGAUUGAAUCAAGUUCAGCCAAAGAGCUUUGUGUGUGUGUGUGUGUGUGUGUGUGUGUGUAAUCUGAACAACUGGAAAAAUCAAUUAAUCAUUCAAUCAAUAAAUCAAUUGGUCAAAAAGUGUGGAAAUCCUGUAUUUCGAUUUAAGAUAAAUGCAAUGAUGAACAAUGCAAUGUCAUCCUAUGCUCUGAUAUUGCCGCUAAAGUUGAGAUGUAUUAUAAAAAUGUCAUCACUCAAGACCACAGUGACGCUGGAUCACAGCCAAAUACCUCUGUAAACCUGUGAGUGCUACGGAGGCUGUAGAGGGUCAAAUCUCUCUGCGCUGAUGUGUUGUGUGCGGAAGUACCAAAGUACCAUCGAGACCGAAACAGCUGGAGACACUUCGUGGCAUCUCCCUAAAACUGAUUAUACACCGGGAUUAAAGGGCCAGGAGUUAAGGGAAAUGCUGUCAGAGAUGGACGGUAAUUUGACGUUGCAUUUCGCCAACUUCAGUACUCUGUUCGUGUGCAUGGUGCUGAAAUUCCCGCAGAUAUUCGUACUGAUGAGGGCCAAAGCGACAACUGGAGUCAGUUUGAACAGUCUGCUGCUGGAGCUUAUCGGGUUUAUAGUGUUCAUGUCCUAUCAGAUGUACUAUGAUUAUCCACCUCUCACAUACCUGGAGUAUCCGAUCCUCAUAGCACAAGAUGUUGUUGUGCUCCUUUUGAUUCUACAUUACAACAGGAACAUGAAGCACAGCAUCAUUUACGCCGCAGUGUUUGUUGGUGGAUGGCAGCUGCUGACAGUACAGAAAUGGGUGAUUGAUCUGGCAAUGUGCAGGCAGCAAAUUGGCACAGCUUCAGUGUAUGUGGCGUUCAAAGAAUUCUGGACAGGUCAGCACUCUCACCUGGGGCCUGGCCACAUAUACAUGCCUAACGAGGGUCUUCACUACCAUGAUCACCACAGGAGACACACAAGUCCUCGUUCGGUUUGUCGUCAUGAGCAUUCUGAACAUGUGGGUGACUGCGACAGUGAUCCACUACAAACCUCGUGCUGUGAAACAGGAUUAAGAUCCAACGCUAUGGGUAUAUCAUCACUUCCUGUUAGAUGUGAUGUUUCCCUAUUUCCCAUGUGUGGGGUUUGAGGUUUCGAAGAAAGGAAACAUAACUCACACUGAACUGUAUCAGGUCUGGUGCUGUUUGGAUGUAGCACUUUCUAUAAAGGAUUUGUAAAUCCUUUUGAUUUGUAAAUGAUUUUGUAAAGGAUUUGAUGAUUUACUGACUCUGGGUAAGUGUAUACUACAUUUAAAGGAAUAUUCCGUGUUCAGUACAAGUUAACCUCAGUCAACAGCAUUUGUAGCAUAAUAUUGAUUACCACAAAAGAUUUAUUUUGACUUGCCCCUCUUUUUCUUUAAAAAAAAAAAAAAAAAAAAAAAAGCAAAACUCUGGGUUUCAGUGAGGCACUUACAAUGGAAGUGAAUGGGGCCAAUCCGUAAAUGUUAAAAUACUCACUAUUUCGAAAGUAUAGCCACAAGACACACAAUAUGCUUGUUAACAUUAUUUUAGUGUAAUAAAUUCCCUUACUAACCUUUUCUGUGUAAAGUUAUAUCCAAUUUUACAACUUCUUUGCCAUGUUGAUGUCAACAAACCCUAAAAUGACUGUAAAAAUGACGAUUUAAACAACUUUACAGCUCAAAUAAUACAUGAGUUUUAACAGAAGAAUUAAUGUAGGUGCUUUUAUAAAAAUAUAAGCUUCACAUUUUGCCUUUAAAUCCUCCAAAAAUUGGCCCCAUUCACUUCCAUUGUAAGAGCCUCCCUGUAACCUCCAUUUUCGCUUUUUUUUUUAAAGAAGAGGGAUGAAACAAAAUCAUUUUUUGUGGUAAUCAACAUUAUGCCACAAAUGCUGUCGAUUGAGCUUAACUUGCAUUGAACCAAAAAUAUUCCUUUAAGAAAUAGAAAAAAAAUCACCAUAAUGCUCUUAAACUCAGGGUUUAUCAUUGUAGUUGAACUAUGUUUUUCAGUGUCAAUAACAUGGCACUUUUUGCAUAAACAUGAAAUAGUAAUUACAUUAAUGUACCUAUUAUAACAUACUAUAACAAUCUUAAUUCUUUAUCUAAUAUUUCUUUGCAUGGAGGAAAAAUGGCAAUGUGUUGUAAUUAUGUAGCACAGUAUGUGGCCACAAAAUAUUAGAUGCAAAAAGUGCUUUUUUAUUUACAGAUCAGAAUUAUGAGACCUCUUUCUGACCAAACAGUUUUAUAGAGAUAAAUACUGAUUAUUAGUAAGAUGUUUCAUUCCCUUAUUCACACUUCCUAAUCAUUCCAGGGAGGGUUCAGUUGGCCUCCGUAUUUCCUGUCGCUUAAAAGUUUUUGUCUCGACAGUGAUUGCUGAUGAUCAAUCAGUACCAGUAUAUUCAAUUUAGUAUAAGUUAAUACAUGUGCCUAUAUAACUUAAAGGGAUAUUUCACCCAAAAAUGAUAAUUUUCUUAUCAUUUACUCACCCUCAUGCCAUCCCAGAUGUGUAUGACUGACUUUCUUCUGCUGAACACCAAGAUUUUUAGAAGAAUAUCUCAGCUCUGUAGGUCCAUACAAUGCAAGUGAUUGGGUACCAAAAACCACAUAAAGGCAGAAUUAAAGUAAUCCAUAAAACUCCAGUGGUUAAAUCCAUAUUUUCAGAAUCGAUAUGAUAGGUGUGGGUGAGAAACAGAAUAUUUAAGUCCUUUUUUAAUGUAAAUUGUCCUCCCUGUCAUGUGGGUGGCGAUAUGCACGAAGAAUUGUGAAUCCCCAAAAACAAAAGAAUGUGAAAGUCAGUAUUUAUCAUAAAAAAAGGACUUAAAUAUUGAUCUGUUUCUCACCCACACUUAUCAUUUUGCUUCUGAAGACAUGGAUUUAACCACUGGAGUCUUAUGGAUUACUUUAAUUCUGUGCAUUUUGGAGCUUCUAAAUGUUGUUACCCAUUCACUUGCAUUGUAUGGACGUACAGAGCUGAGAUAUUCUUCUAAAAAUCUUUGUGUUCAGCAGAAAGUAAGCCAUAGACAUCUGGGAUAGCAUGAGGGUAAAUGAUGAGAGAAUUUUCAUUUUGGGGUGAACUAUUCCUUUAAUGGUUUGUUUUGAAGUUAGAAUACUGUAGGAACAUAUCACUUUUCUUCCCUUGGUAAAUAAAAACUGUCUUUUCUAUUUUUUUGACCAGUAAGUUUUCAGCUAAAGCACUGUUAUAACUGAUGAUGUUAAAUGAUAUCAGGUUGUGGAUCAAACUGUUUUGAUAUAUAAUGUCGUUUAUACAAGGUAAUGUUUAUAUACAGUGAAAUAUGCACUGACUUUUUUUUAACUGAGCAAUAUCUGUGUUUAAUGAGAUAGUUGUAAGUCCUGACAUAAUACAGGGUUUCCCGUUUGUUUUUUUAACUGGACACAUUUCACAUAUACUUGAGUUGUGAUAUUCAUUUUAUAUUAAUGCAAAAACAAUAAUAAUAAUAAAAAAUUAUAUAUAUCUGUACAUAAAUCUCUGAUCUCCACACUUUUAUCAAACAUAAUGUAGUACAACCAGGUUAUUACUUACAAAAUUAUCAAUAAGAACCAUGAAGAUUUCAUCUUGUAGUGUAUGUGUGUGUAAUAGAAGUUGAGAGAUGCUUAGAUCUGUAGCACAACCAUACUUUGUAAGUACUUUAAUAUGUCUGCCAUCUUUUGCAUUUUAUAAACUUGUGAAUCAAUAAACAUUCCUCUUGCGUGGUUGGUAGUGUGU